AGGUUUGGGUGUAGGAUUAGCGCGUUCAUCCGGCGAGAUUUUGGUCGUAGCUGUAUUCCUUCUACCCCACUAUCUUUACGCCGCUCAUUACAUAGCUCCGCCCUAUCCCCGUUUCUAUAGCAACAUCAUUAAACGGAGAGAGUGUAAAGCAGACAGAAAAUGUCGGCAAUGAACAAAAAACUAAUUCAAAACCUUGCCGAAGCUUUAUGCAAACAAUUCAAACACUUCAACACAGAGGAGGCGGAGUGUUUGAUCAGAUUGUUCAAUGAUCUUCUGGAAGAGCAGUCAGAGAGAAGAGCUGCUCAUGGACUCGACCGGGUCAAGUUUAGAAAUAUACUGCACAACACAUUUGACAUGACUGACGACAUGAUGAUGGAUAGAGUUUUUCGUUCAUUUGACAAGGACAAUGACAGCUAUGUAAGUGUCAAAGAAUGGGUGCAAGGUCUGUCUGUCCUCCUGCGAGGGACACUGGAUGAAAAAAUUAAACACUGUUUUGACGUAUACGAUCUGAAUGGUGACGGAUACAUCUCACGGGAAGAGAUGUUUCACAUGCUGAAAGACAGUCUCAUUAGACAACCCACUGAAGAGGAUCCAGAUGAGGGGGUUAAGGAUCUCGUAGAGAUUGCAUUAAAGAAAAUGGACUACGACCAUGAUGGGAGAGUUUCUUAUGCUGAUUUUAAAAAGGCAGUCAGAGAUGAAAAUCUUUUAUUAGAGGCUUUUGGCAACUGCCUUCCAGAUGCAAAGACUAUACAGGUAUUCGAGGGACGUGUAUUCCAGGAAUCAAAUGAACUACACUGAAUUAUCCAUAUAAAACAAUUUGGGCAAUUUGACAAGCAAUAUUUGUGGUUGAAACGAAUAACAAUGAUGAAAUAUGAAGUGUAAUAGACUUUAAUGACAGAAAUCUGUGAUCGUCUUAAAUUCUUCUGCGUGGCUUUGCAGUGGUGCCCUUGCCUUGUACAGGUUUGAUCUCUGGUGUAGAUGAAACCUAAAAAGAAACAUGAUCAUAUUAAUGCAUUAAAAAAAUGUCCAUGUACAUAAUGUGUGUAGAAAAUCAUUACAUAUACAAUAAAAACAAAUUACAAACCUU